AUGACACAGGAAUUCGAACCCGUGGGACCUGCCCUACCGUAUUUUAUACCUUUACCGCCCGGCGCACCAAGUCGACGCGGCUGGGAGCUCUGUAAAUUAUCUGGUUCUCUGGUAGAAGUAGUGGCUAGUAUUUGUAAGGGCGUACGGAAACGUUCUAAUACAAUGCCGAGACCGUAUCGGAACGUAACAAGAUAUUUUGGAUGCGGUGCUGGUUUUGUUGUGCACCCAUAUGUCGCCGAUUUUGUCGAUUUUCGCGAGAUCCUGUCACCUUAUCCUGCCUUUCUUUGCCUGCGCCCUCAGCGCCGAAAAUGGCAUCAUCAACUGCUACUCACCAACAUCAGCCAUGGAUGUGAAUCCGAAUUGGACGCGUUUUAUGAGGAGCUUGAGCUAGUGGUCCGCAGCGAGAAAUCCUACAAAUUCGUUGUCGGAGACUCAGACGCAAAUCUAGGAACGGCAACAUAA